UUAAAGAGGAAAUUUAUGAUGCAUGGCUAGGCAAAUGCGGCGAAUAUGGUCCAAAACAAGAGACCAUGGAAGAAGUUAAUGAGUAUUGCGAAAGUUUAAUUAACCUGAUAAUUGAAGAGAAAAGAGCCGAAGGAGCUCAAACUACUUAUGCUAAUGGUUGGACUGAUUUAACUGAGGCGGCUGUUGUCUCAGAAUAUAAAUGUAAUGUUUCUGAUGAAGUUAGUUUUAUUAAUGUAGACGUCUUAACAGUUGACCGAAACGAACUAGACAAAGCCAGCCGGAUUUUAAACGCAAUUGCGAAAGAAACUGAUGUCGCCUCUCUCCCGGAAGAAUUUGCAUCUGCCGAAAUUGCCUGCUUAAAAGAUGAACUUUUGCCGCCCGAAGCUCAGAAAGAAGCAAUUAAAAAGGCCAUCCGCGACAAACGAGCCACUUUUCUUUUGGAAACUGACAAACCAGCCGAAACGGUCAAGGAGCACGAAGUAUCAACAACCACAACAGGAAGCACUUCGAGCGAAAAAGAGCCAGAAGUUACAAGUUCUACGACGAAAACUGCGGGAACAAUACAAACCAGCAGUCCCGUCAGUUCAACUUCGGAAACAAGCAUUACCCCUCCGGGUUCUCCAACGGGGCUAGAAAAAAGAGAGAGGAGCAUAAGUGUUCCGACUUUCCCAACAACAUCAGCAACAACACCAGAAAAAAGAAAGUCACUUAGACUUUUCGGUUUUGGUUCGAAAAAAGAGAGCCAACCGCAAAGUGAUAAAGAUGAAGAAAAAAAAGGACUUACUAACUUUCCAACAACUACAAAAAUAGUAGAAGGUGAAGCAACAGAAAGCCCCACAAGCACUAGCAACGCAAGUAAGAGCGACAAGACCGAAGGCGCCCGAAAUACUCCCGCCACUCGUAAACGACGGAAAAAAAUUUUAAAACAAGCCAAAGGUUAUUUUGGCUCCAAACAUAAAUUAUUUAAAACGGCCAAGGAGCAAGUAAACAGGUCCUUGGUUUAUGCUUAUCGAGACCGCAAAGCAGAAAAGCGCCGCCAGCGUCAAAACUGCAUAAGUCGUAUAAACGCCGCUUGCUGCAAGCGAGGUCUUAAAUAUUCUAGAUUUAUGCGUUUAAAAGUUUUAGCCCAAAUCAAACUAGAUCGCAAACAAUUAUCAGAGAUGGCUAUCCAUCAACCCUCCGAUUUUGCAGCUUUAAUUAAUAAAAUCCAAAAUCCGUGA